AUGGCACCAGGUGUGGUUGACGCCUCCAACGGCUUUAGUGUGGCCUCUGUUACCAAGUCUGUGAACGAGAUUGCCUCUACCAAGCAAGCACCUCGCUUUACGCCUGGAUAUACCAAAGUCGAAGAUGUGGAGGAUUAUGAGUAUGAAGACCUCAAGCCCUCGUUCCCAGACGUCGCAUGGCCUCCGCUAGAAGAGGUUCCAUACAGCGACAAGGGACUUCUCGGCGACCCAGAAUAUAAAGACCUUCUUGCUGCGGCCACUGAUUGUUUUGACUACACCCCGAAAAUUGGGACGGAAAUCCACGGCGUGCAGCUUAAGGACUUGAACGAUGCGCAGAAAAACGAUCUUGCUCGUUUGAUUGCGUUUAGAGGUGUCGUUUUCUUCCGUGACCAGAAGGACUUCACUAUUGAAGACCAAUUGGCUCUUGGGAGAUACUUUGGUACUUUGCAUAAGCAUGCAACUACUGCCAUGCCUAAGAGGGCUGGGCUCGAGGAGGUCCACGUCGUAUAUACUGAUGCAAAGAGUCUUGAUCAGAGAGCGCUUUUUGCGCCAUCCUAUCUCUGGCAUUCUGAUGUAACCUAUGAGAUCCAGCCUCCGUCAUACACUUCUCUUAAACUUCUCAAUGGACCCCCAAGAGGUGGCGGAGGUGACACCCUCUGGUCAUCCCAAUAUGCUGCCUAUGACUGCCUCUCUGCGUCUAUGCAGAAGUAUCUCGAGGGCCUCACAGCGCUGCACUCGGCCGAGGAACAGGCUGUUGGCUCUCGCGCUGCUGGAAGACCUGUUCGCCGUGAGGCUGUCAUCACUGAGCACCCGCUUAUCCGUACACACCCUGUUACUGGCUGGAAGAGCUUGUUUGUGAACCCUGGUUUUGUCAAGCAAAUUGUUGGCGUUCCGAAGAUGGAGAGCGACAUGAUCUUAGAAUACCUUAACAACAUCGUUGUUGCUACCCAGGAGUUGCAUGCUAGGUUCAGAUGGGAGGCUGACAGCGUUGCAAUUUGGGACAACCGUUCCUGCAACCAUUCUGCCUCUUACGGAUUUGCUCCCCACAUGCGCCAUGCGGUCCGUGUCACCCCUCACGGUGAGCGUCCAGUUUUCGACUCUAAUGGAAAGUCCCAGGAGGAGGAGUUGAACGCGGCAACAGGCAGGCCGCAGGUCAACAAGAAUGGUGCGAGACAGUCAAACUAUAAUGACUAG